CCAAAGUGCAGAUCUCUCCAUCUCUCAGUGUCGACAGUUUAAAGAAAAAAAUGGCGGGAGAGGAAGGCCAGAACCCUAGAUUCUUUGUCGCAGUUCAUGUUGGCGCAGGUUUUCACGCUCCUUCCAACGAAAAGGCCCUCAGGGGAGCCAUGAAACGGGCUUGCUGUGCAGCAGCUUCAGUUCUUCGAAAGGGUUCAGGUGGAUGCAUUGAUGCUGUUUCAGCAGCCAUUCAAGUAUUGGAGGAUGAUCCAAGCACCAAUGCAGGCUGGGGUUCAAACUUGACAGAGGAUGGUCAUGUUGAAUGUGAUGCUAGUAUCAUGGAUGGUGAUUCUGGAGCAUUUGGAGCUGUUGGCGCUGUGCCAGGUGUACGAAAUGCCAUCCAGAUUGCUACUUGCUUGGCCAAGGAACAAAUGAUGGGACCUUCUUUGCUGGGUCGAAUACCUCCAUUCUUCUUGGCUGGUGAUGGUGCACGUGAAUGGGCGAAGACUAAGGGUAUAGUUUGCGCAGGGACAAUAACAGAGGCUGAUCAAUGGCUGGUGACUAACAGGGCAAAAGCACAAUGGCUAAAGUACAAAGCAAUGCUAGAUGAUGCCAAAGCAAGAUACAAAUCUUCUGCUUCGGAACAUCCAUUAAGUCCUCAAGAGACUUCUGCAUUGCAAACAAUAUCAGAAGUAGAAGUUCAAGUAAGUGAUCCUGCUGAAGGAACCAACAAUGGGACUGGUCAACCAUCUGAGCUGAAUGCUUCUGAAGAAGACCACAUUAUGGAUACUGUGGGAGUUAUUUGUGUUGACAACAACGGACACAUAGCCUCUGGAUCUUCAAGCGGUGGUAUUUUGUUGAAGGUUAGUGGGCGUGUUGGAUUAGCUGCAAUGUAUGGCUCAGGUUGUUGGGCAUCUUCAAAAGGUGUCUUUGGGGCCCCUUUCAUAGUCGGUUGUUGUGUGUCUGGUGCUGGAGAGUACCUGAUGAAAGGAUUUGCUGCUCGUGAGUGCUGUGUCUCAUCAUCACUGUCACAAGCAGGUCCUGUGUCUGCUUGCACAAAAGUACUACGCUCUGUUCUGCAGGAAAGCAAUCAACAAUGUGCUGAUAAAAGUGCUGGUAUUUUAAUUGUGCAAGCUGAUGCUCCUACUUUGGUACCAGGAAACUCAUCAAAGCUGAAAGCGGUGGAGAUUGCUGCUGCCUACUCUUCCUUGUCAUUUGGUAUUGGUUAUUUUGGAAACUCCUUGGAUCGACCCAAGGAUCAUCCUUCAAAACCGAGAUUUUCCAUGGAAAUUGGAUUGGCUGACCCAACAAUUGGAGCACUUUUUUGGUUUCAAUUCUCAGAAAUAUGAAAAAGCAAACCACGACGGGGGUUGAACAAUUUGUAGCUCGAAUUGAUCUUACAGAGACAAAAUCCAUGUGAUGGGAAUUUAAUAUGAUAGUGAAUUCCAGAAAAAAGCUUUUAAUUCAGAAGAGGUUCAAAGUGUGCAAAUAUUUGUUCGAGGACAAUGAUAUUGCGGGAGCUGUUUUGGAAUAUUGAAAAACAUCUCUGGCAAUGUUCAGUUUUUAUUUAGUUAUCCUGGCUUUUCUGGCUUAUGUUGCUUAUCACUUUUUUUUUUAAACAAUUAAAAAAACUUUAAAAUAAAACAAACUAUUACAUUGUCUUCAA